CUGCGUCAUUUGCGCGCCGCCUCGCUCCUGAUGCACGUCUUUUCCCGAAAUCCUAAAGAUAGAUGUUUCGAUUUCAGUCCCUGGAUGAAGACUGUACGUUGGAGGAGGAAGACGAGGGGCUCGUAGAGGAGGAAGAUGAAAUUGAUCAGUUCAAUGACGACACCUUUGGAGCCGGGGCCAUCGAUGACGACUGGCAGGAGGAACACAAACGCCUUGCUGAGCUCGAUGAGAGGGACGGGCUCGGAGCAGGGUUGGGGUUAGGAGGAGGGGUGAUGGGAGGAGAAUCCGAUUUAGGAGGAGCUGAAGACCCGUCCUCCACCCAUGUCCCUUCUUCUGUGGGCCAUGUUCCCCAUCCAUCUUCCCUCCCUACCCUCAAAUUCUCCUUGUCUUCCUCCAGACUGCCUCCAUCAGAUGUGGAGGACCGAGGAGGGGGAGGUGACCUGGCCGAGUCUCUGGCCAGACUCAUCCUGGAGGCUGACCCGGCCAUCGCUGGGGUCGGAGCGGCUGAGAGACCUGGUCCAUCCCCUGGCUCUUCAGGAACCAGCUUGUCUGCUCUGCAGGGCCUGGACCGACCCAGAGUCCUGCCCCAGCCUUCCUCCAUCCCACACCCCACUCAGCCGCACCAGCAUCCCCAACACCCCCAGCACCAGCUGCCUCCUGGGCACUCCACCUCAGGCCUUUCUCCUGGCCCUCCUCCAUCGUCCAUGCUCAGCUACCAACAGCAGCAGCACUUGCUGCGCAGAGGGACUGCUCCCAUGGCCCAGAUGAACUCUCACAGUAUCUGGGAGAACAGUAUGGGUUUUGGUCCAGUCAGCGUCACCCCCGGACUGGUCACACACAUGGAGGAUAGUCCACUAAUGUCUAUAAUCAAGGAGGUGGGCCUCCCUAAACGACCUCCUCAGGGCAGGAAUGAUGAAGGACGAGAUUUGUCAGAGAGGGUCCCACCUCCGCGCUCUUCUUCCCCCGUGAUUGGCUCCCCUCCGGUGAGGGCAGUGCCCAUCGGGACCCCGCCUAAACAGCCAAUGAGCCACGCCCUGAAUCAUCAGAUCCACCAUCCCACGGCGGUUCAUGUGAGAGCCCCGGUCCAGCACAGAUACCCUCCUCCUUUCCCUGAGCGUGUGUCACCCAACACCCUCCUCAAUAUAGCUAACUCUCCUCUGUGUCGUGGUCCAUUCCCUCCUGGUGUUGGUCCUGUCCUGUCUCAGAUUCAACGGGCCCAGCUGCUUAACUCUCAGGUGGCUGGUUUUCCUCGCGGUGGUCCGGCGCCUCCUUUGUUACCAGGUGGUGGUGGUUUCCGGCCGUUCUUCGGAGGCCCUCCUCCUCCACUGGGUCACAGAAUGGGCCUGCCGCCCCCUCAUGGCCCCCCCAACCACACACCACCCAUCCGGCACAACACCACCCACCUCCACCCCCAGCACCGCCGCAUGCUCACCCAGCGGAUGCAGAACCGGGGAGGGGACCGUGGCAGGACUGGAGGAGACCGGCGCAGCAGGGACCCCUACAGUAACCUUAUGACUCAGAAAGAGAAGGAAUGGGUAACUAAGAUCCAGAUGAUGCAGCUGCAGAGUACUGACCCUUACCUGGAUGACUACUACUAUCAGAACUACUACGAAAAGAUGGAGAAGCGUCAGGAGAGAGAGAGAGACAGCAGCAAGAAGGAGCACACCACCAAACUGAUCACUCCACAGGUCGCCAAAGUUGAACACACCUACAGACCAGUUCAAUUUGCAGGCUCUCUGGGUAAGCUGACAGUCUCCAGCGUUAACAACCCCCGCAAGAUGAUCGAUGCUGUGGUGACGACGCGCACAGAUGACGAGGAGAAAAGAGAGAAGCAGGUUUGGAAUAAGAGGCGACAGAUCCUCUACACUGUGGAGAAGAUGUACAGUUUGCUGCUGGAGGUUCAAGACUUUGAGAAGCGCUUUGUCCUGGCGCCAGAGGAGGACAGGGAGGCUCUUCUGGAGCAGCAUAAAAUCAACACGGUUCAGCUGUGCAACUCUCUGCGGGAGAAGGAGUGGGAUGACAGAGUGAGUGAUGAGCAGUGUGUGAUGAUCAUGUCAGUGAGGAAGGGCAAGCGACUCAUCUCCAGGCUGCUCCCCUUCCUGCCCUCAGCCCAGGCCGUUGCCGUUGUCAUGGCGAUUUCCCGCAACCUUCCUGCCCUGGCCAAGAAGGACAAGCAGGACCAGGUGCUGUGCUGGUUAGUUGAGCCAGUUUCUGCAGUGAUCCAGGCGUUGUCGAGCUCCGCCCUCACAGACUUGCUCCAGGAGCUUCAGGGCAAUGAGGGCCAACUGGCCACAGUACUGCACAACAAGUUUGGUGUGACACUGCUGUAUCUGAUCCUGAGUGAAGGAGAGAGGAUGCAAAGCACCGAUCCCAACUGUCAACUCAUGGAUGACAAUCGAUGGACUGAGUUGGUGUUUUCAGUAACGAGGGAGUUGCUCAGCGUCCCCACCUCAUCCCUGUCUCCUCCCCUUUUCACCCCUCCUAACCUGCUCUCCCUCUUCUCACGCUACGUCGAUCGGCAGAGGCUGGAGCUGUUACAGGACAAGCUACAGAUCUCUGCUUUGUCCAGGUAGAAGUUACAACACACAACGACCCCCCUCCUGCCCCACCGGAUGCAGACCUUUCUUUUUGUGCGUGUAUCAGAAGAGUCAAGUGUGUGUGUAAGUGUGUGAGUGAGUGUGCGUGCGCAUGUGCUCUUGAGGUGAAUCCAUGGUGGAUUGAAUUUUAAUACAGCAGAAUCUGUAGUCACUUUUGUUUUUCUUUGUUUAGUCUCUGAUGUGUGUUUGUCUGUGAGUGAACGACAGUGACACAGCGCAUGAGAGGUGGACCGAGUGAAUGAUGACGAUUAUGAAAUCUGCAUUUUUAAAUAUCUUGUUUACGAUUAUGCCUGUGAUGAACCUUCAAAUUAAAAAGUAUUUCUAUUUCUAA